GGUCAGUGCUUUCUGUGUUGUGGGGGUUGGCGAAUAGUGUAGGUAGAGCUAGUGAAGAUAACCUAUCAAGAUCAUUGAACUGUAAAUAAAAACUCUUUCCAAAGGUCUCGCAUUGUGGAAUACAAUGUCGGAUACGGAGACCAAGCCUUCAAGUGACGGAGGAGAGAAGAAAGAUGGAGAGUAUAUCAAAUUAAAGGUGAUCGGCCAGGACAACAGUGAAAUUCACUUCAAAGUGAAGAUGACAACGCAUUUAAAGAAGCUGAAAGAAUCCUACAGCCAGAGACAGGGUGUCCCCAUGAACACCUUACGGUUUCUCUUUGAAGGACAGAGAAUUGCAGACAACCAAACUCCCAAAGAGCUUGGAAUGGAAGAUGAGGAUGUCAUUGAAGUGUACCAAGAACAGACUGGUGGCCAUUGGAAUGACUAGGAUAAAAUUCUGCUCGCUUUUUUUGUUUUGUUUUUAUUUUAUUUUGUAUGUAUGACUUUAUUUUAUCCGCUGGUUUUAUUUGCUAUUCCCAUUGAUAGGAAAGGAGAUCAUUCAACCAUCUGGAUCAAACUAUCCCUGCCUGCUGCCAUGAUCUAGAGAUUUUAAAAGAUGAUGUUGAGCCAGAAAGUAUAAAUGGAUAGAUGGCAUUUCCUUCUCUUCAGCAGUCUUCUUCUUCUUCUUGUUCCUUCUCUUCUUCUUGUUCUUCUUCUUCUUCUUGUUCCUCUUCUUCUUCUUCUUCUUGUUCUUCUUCUUCUUCUUGUUCCUCUUCUUCUUCUUCUUCUUGUUCUUCUUCUUCUCUCUGUCUUUCCCCCUUUCUCUCUCUUUCAUUUCUCAUGUAUACCUUGCACACAGGAUACAAGUCAGGACGUGUGCUUAGUGAGAUCACAGAUACAGUGACAUGUUGUGUUCUGCCCAAAGCUCAGGACGAUCCCUCAUGAUACUCCACUGCCCAAUUGUGUGUGUGUGUGUGUGUGUGUGUGUGUGUGUGUGUGUGUGUGUGUGUGUGUGUGUGUGUGUGUGUGUGUGUGUGUGUGUGUGUGUGUGUGUGUGUGUGUGUGUGUGUGUGUGUUUCAGUUGGUUUAUUGUGUGCACGAUUUUGAGUACGACAAAACAUGAAUCUCGUGUCUCUAGUCUCUGUGGGCGCCUCGUGGCCCAACAAUAAGACCACUGUGUGACCUAUCUUGCUGUGUACUUCCCAAGCCGUUGUGUCGUGAUGUGGGUUUGAUAGUAAACCCUAAUAAGGAACCCCUCCUUGAGUAAACAUGCUUCCUCUGGGUACAGGUUGGUAAGAUGUAGGCCUACCCUGAGUCAAGGACAAACAUGCCCCCCUUACGGAGUAGGUACCAACAUGUCAGAGACUUAUGCCCUUAGAAUAGUUUGUUUGUGUGUGUGUGUGCGUGCGUGCGCAGGGUAAAGUAGACUUCACAUAUACAUGUUAAGUUCAGGCAGAACAUCUCAUUAAUUAGGUGCUGGGUGAAGAUGGAAUGGACUUCAUAGUAGGGGGAUGAGACCCAUACCCUGACCAGAGCUUCAUAAUGCAUCUUUAUUUAAAGAUGACAGACUUCAUUUGUUUUGUCAAACAGAGGUGUGUUGUGGAACUUUAACCAGUAUCUACUCACAGUAGGGUUCUAAUGUCAAGUCAUGUAGAGGUGCAAUCCUUUGCAAUCAGAGAAAUAUUUGGAAAUAUCAGUGAUAUUCUUGACCUUAUAAAAUACGAGAAUAUUGACGAAUGUUAUGUUUAAAUGUUUGACUAAGUCUGAAUAAGUGUGUUAUUAAGCCCAAGUAAGUGUGCAUGUCUAUGAACAUAGUUGAUCGUGUUUAAAUAUUUCAUUAUCAUUGAAGAGGUGUUUCAGUGAACCUUGGGUGUGUGCGUGUGCUUUUUCUAAAGUGCUGUCCCCCCCCACUGAUUACUUUUGGAAACAGGAUUAUUUUCUACAUCAGCUUGCAGCACAUGUUUUAACCGGUAAUCAUACUUAUUUAUUUGAACUGUGUGACUUCAUUCUUUUUUUAAAUGGCCACAUGUUCACUGUGCUCACUCUGCCUUCUUAAGUGAAGACUCCCAGGAAAUUAGUUUCUUGUGUGCGAUUGAUUGGCACAUAAAGGUGGCUUUGUGUGUGUUCAUUUCUGCAGCAUCAUACUUUGAUUGUUUCUAAUGUGUUUUUUUUUUUCUUUAUAAAGGAUAACUGAUCCAGAUGGUUUUAUUGACAUAGAAAGAAUAUUAUUUUUCUUUUGUCUUGUUUUAUAAAUAAAAUGUGUCAUAAAACA